AUGCAUGACGUGAACCCUGCCAAAUCACAGCCUGGCGUGAACGCUGGGGAUGGUAGCUGCGUCAGAGAGGAGAGGGAGGGAGACUCGAAACAGCACAUCAACACUCUGGGUCACCAGCUGCAGAUGAACCAGCACUGUUUGGACAUGGCAUACAACUUCUACAAGAUGGCGCUCACCCGGCACCUGAGCUACGGCCGCAAGAUAUCCCACGUUAUCGCCGCCUGUCUCUACAUGGUCUGCCGCACCGAGGGGACGCCACACAUGCUGCUGGAUCUCAGUGAUAUCGUGCAGGUGAACGUCUACAUCUUGGGAAAAACGUUCCUUGUCCUGGCCAGAGAACUGUGCAUCAACGCCCCGGUUAUAGACCCAUCCCUGUAUAUUCCCCGCUUUGCCCAGAUGCUAGAGUUUGGCGAGAAGAACCACGACGUCUCCAUGACGGCAAUGAGGCUGGUGCAGAGGAUGAAGAGGGACUGGAUGCACACGGGACGAAGACCGUCGGGGCUCUGUGGAGCAGCUCUUCUUGUUGCUGCUCGUAUGCAUGAAUUUUGCCGCACCAUCAAAGAAGUUGUCAGUGUGGUGAAAGUGUGUGAAAGUACGCUAAGAAAAAGGCUGACCGAGUUUGAGGACACGCCCUCCAGUCAGCUGACCAUCGAGGAGUUCAUGAGGGUAGAUCUGGACCAGGAGUGUGACCCACCCUGCUUCACAGCUGGACUGGAGAAGAAAAAAUCUCUAGAGCUGGAGAUCGAGCUGAAGAAAAAGAUGAAUUUUGUUGAAGAUGAAAUUCAAGGCUACCAGGAUGAAAUUGACGCAGAGCUUCAGAGCAGCAGACCCAAACUGAGAGGAGUGUACGCUGCCUACGUCAAAGAAGACUAUGACAGUAUCGGUGAUGACGAGCCAGACGAGGAGGACGAGCUUCAGGCCUUGGCCAGGCAUUUUGGCAAAGACCUCAGCGAGCUCACAGUGGAGGCUCUGGAAAGACUAGAACAGAGGGGACCAAAAGAGGAAGAGGAGAACCAGGAGCAGGAGGGAGAUGUCUCAAGGCGAAAAGGCCCGUCGCUGUUGUCCAUCCUGGGCACGAUUCCUCUGGGCCGCUUUGAGUCCAUCGGCAACGGCAUCGGAGACGAGAAGGCGAACGAUGGUGCUGCCGACAGCGGGGAGCUGGACCUGACAGGGAUAGAUGACAGCGAGAUAGAGCUGUAUCUGCUGAAUGAUGAAGAAAUCCAACUCAAGACAGCGCUCUGGAUGGCGCAGAACUCCGACUACCUCAAAGAGCAGAAAGGUUGGAGGUUUAUUCAGAUGAGGCAGCACAACAUGGGUUUGAUGGGAAAUGUGUCUGACUUUGUGCUGAGGAGAGACGUCUCCGAACCACUUUGUGCUGCUGGACAAAAGGAGGAGAAGAUAGCAAAGGAGAAGGAGCUCGGGAUCUACAAAGAAAAGAAGCCCCGAGGCCCCCCGAAGAGACGUCCCCAGAUCCGCGCCAGCACCGCUGACGAGGCCAUUGAGAAGAUGUUGGAGCAGAAGAAGAUCUCUUCCAAGAUCAACUACGAUGUCCUGAAGGACCUCAACGUCAAGCCCAGCAGCAGCCCAGCUCGCAAGCCAGAGUCCCCGAUGCAGAAACCGUCUUCCGCCAAGCUGACCGGUCGUAACCGCACAGCAGCGCGAGCUCAGCUGAGCCUCAGCACGCCGCUUAGUACCCUGGGAAAAAGGUUGCAUCCGUUCAUCACCAGGCAGCCCAUCAAGAAGCUGGCUGUGGAGCAGGAGCAGGUGGAAAGCUCCAAGCCCCUGUCCAUGUCUCCAGGGGCGUCCACCAGCGGAGUGGUGGUGGAGAGCGGCCCAGUUGUCUAUGAUGAUGCAGCUGCUGACGAUGAAGAUGAGGAGGAAGAGGAGACUUGCGUCAGUGCCAUGGAGCUGAUGGGUGGCAGCGGUUACGGCUCUGACGGUGAUUACGACAAUGGAUUCUAGCAGAGGCUUCCCUGGAUCCUCAACCCCAACUGGCUUGGACCAUUUGUCAUCCCUACCAGGGACACAAAAUAGCUGCUGCUACCGAUGGGAGCUGUGAAGCCAGGAGGAACUGCAUCAGAAAUAAAUGGGAUGUAUGCAAGAAAGCAGACGUCGGAAAAACCACUGUCUCAUUUGGCUUCACAGCCGGAUUAAAAGUAGGAGAACACACUGCUUGGAUGCUGACAGAGACGUACACUCAGUUUAUUAGGACCACCUACCUAUAGCUCGGUUUAAUCCAACAACACAUCCUCCUCCAUGAAGGAGACGAUGCCCAGCAUUGAUUCAACUGGAGGAUCUUUUUGGAGGCUUUUGUGCUGCUAUUGCAUGUGUUUCUGUUGACUGGCCUCUUGGUAGAAACGGGGUGGACACAAUAAUGGAAACACACCUCAGCGUAGCACAGCACAAACUCCAGCCUCCAAAAUGAUGCUGCAGUUGAAUCAACGCUGAACAUUAUCACCUUCAUGAGGAGGAUUUACUACAGGACUGUUGGAUUAGGCUGGCUCAGUUGUAGGCAGGUGUACCUAAUAAACUGCCAACUAUACACAGUGUGGGUGACAGGCAGACUAGUGCUAAUUCUGUAAAAUCACAGGUACUGUAAGAAGUAUUCCAAUAAGCACUGGUUUGCAGGUCAGAAGUUUAAAACUGGUCUAAUGCCUGUAUGUGGUAAUGAGCUUCUUCAUUGUGAAAGAGACUUUUAAGUGCUAUUUCAGCACAUUGCAUCCACCAGAGUUUGUGAGAUAAUGGGCAAUUACCGGUGCUGGGAUUGGAACGCUUCAGAACCUGCCUGAGAAUGUUCAGGUUUUUUAAAUUUCUUCACUAUGAAAGUAAUUCACUGAUUGGUAUCAGGACAUCCAAUAGCACACAGCAACCAGGAAGUGUUAACAGCUAAUUCGGCACAUUUUAUGUUCAAAAACAAAAAUAGGCUAAGAAACGGGGCCCAAGUUGAAGCCCACAGUGUACCUCACAGUAUCCAUGGCAACAUUAUGCCUCCUGCUUUUUGUAAGAGGUUGUAGUGGUUAUCAAGCAUCACUAUUUGAGAUGACAGGAGCAUCGUGGGCUUCCCGAUUUAACUGUCUAGAUUCUAUAAAGCCUGUCCUUUUGGAAAAAUUCACAUUACACCUUAAGUUUUAACUCGGGUCAACAAGUCAAACCUUUACAAAAAACAGGAAGCAUAAUGUUGCCAUGGGGGCUGCAACCUGGGCCUCAUUUUUAGCCUAUAUUCUACAUUUUAGAACACAAAAGACACAUUUUGCUAAGUGCUAUUGGGCAACUGACACUUCUCAGGCAAGUUCUGAAGCAUCCCAGACCCAGCACCAGUAACUGUACAUUAUCUCGGAACUACAGGGAGGGGUCGCCUUUUUUUUUUUUUGGUGGUGAAUGCAGUGCACUUCUCAAACUCGCUCCUCAACCAAAGGAAGCCCAGUCUUAAACUGUCUUGAAUCCUGCUAAAUUGGUGUUUACUGUGAAGUACUCAGCACAGGACAGAAACGUGUCUGGAUGAUGAAUUUCUAUUAACAACUGUCACCUCUGCACAGAAACAUCCCACCUUGGUUUUGAAGAAUCAAAAGGAGAAGUCAGUCAAAAUGUAAAACCUACCUACCUACCAAACUUUGCGUUCAUUGCACAAGUAUUUAACAUAUUUAACAGUAUUUAACAGCAUGCAACUUUCUCAGGUACUUCCUGACACCUGAUUAUGCAUCAAAUUGUGUUCUAUACAAUGUUGUCAUGUCAAAACAAGCAUCUAACAAUCAGGUAGCGUGAGAUCAAUCAUGAGUACGGGAGGUGUUUCUGUGCUUUGUGGUUCAGACCACUGUUUAUUAAUGCCUUAGCUGAUUAGUGGCCAGAUGCACGCUAGAUGCUCUGCUUAGCCAAAUACCACAAUGCUGUUGCCUUUGAACACUUGAAGCAAAUGUUUGAGAUGUUACUGAAACAAAAUUCUGAGAAUGUGAUGGUUGCAUUUGUUUUUCUUUUGCUAAUAAUUUGGUUUGGAAUUUUUGUAAAAGUUAUUUUUCUGAUUUAAUUAGUUAAAUAUUCAUUAUGAUGGCCCUUAAAGGCCACAGAGGUGUUAAAAACCAGGAUGUAAAUAAUUUCACUCCAGUAUUUUAUUUCCCAAAUGAAUGAGAGAGACCAGAUCUACUUUGUAUUUAUGAUUUGUUUGAAAAUGACACUUGGGAGGCGAGUGAGACUGUGGCCGUGAGGCUGUUACAUCUGCAUAUGGUUGUGCUCAUUUGCUGCUAUAGGAACAGUUUCACUAAAUGGAAGACACAUUUCCUUUUUGUCAUUCUUCUAGAGAAAUACUGUGCACAUAAAGUCUGUUGUGUGCAUCCAAAAGUGUCAAAUCAAUGACCUUGUGUUCACUUGAGCUUGUUUGCAGACUGACACUAAACCAGUUUCUUUAUUUUUUCCAUAGGCCAACUUUUACCUAUGAUUUUUAAAAAGAGCAUUUCAGCCAGCUGGCAUGGUUUUUUUGUGCCUCUUGUUUCUGGGGAAGGAUUACAGGAAACACCAAAUAAAAUUCUGACUGCAAACAUGUUAAAAUACCGAACUGCAUGUGCUGCUUCUAUAAUGUACAGAUUUCACUUUUACUGUCUUAUAAACACAUCUGUCCCAACAGGUCAUUUGGAAUAAAUCAGUCAUGGG